AUGAAACUUAAAAAAAAUACCAAAAAAAAUACCCUAAAGAACACCAAAAAAAGCUAUGUAAAAAAAAAUGAAAAAGGAAAUAGCAGUAGACGUAGUUAUGGAAUUGGAAAAAAAACAAGUAACAAGCUUGAUAAAGAAAAACAUAUAAAUAAAUUAAAUAAAAAUCGUGCACCAAAUUCAAAAAAAAAAUAUUCUUGGCUAUUUGAUAAAAAUGAAAAUAUAGAAAAAAGUGAUAAUGAUGAAAAUGAACCAAAAAAAGGAAUAAAAAAAAAAUUUGUUUUAUAUAAAAAUCGAAAAAAAAAAGGAAAAGUUGUUUUAAGCUGUUUUCAAAACCUAGGAUUAAGCAAACAAAUGUGUAAAAGUAUAAGCACUAAUUUAAAAUAUAAUAGACCAACAAAUAUUCAAAAAUUAUGUAUCCCCAAAAUAUUAAAUAAAAAAGAUGUUAUUUGCAUUAGUGAAACAGGAUCUGGAAAAUCACUAGUCUAUUUAAGCACAUUGAUAGAUAUGUUAAAGGAUCAUAAUAAAUUUUUUGGAAUUAGAGGUUUAAUAAUAUUACCAACAAAAGAACUAGUUAUACAAAUAUAUAAAUUAGCAAAAAAAAUAUGCACAAACUAUUUUAAUUUAAAAAUAAAUAUAAUAAUAGGAGGAAUAAGUUUGUGUAAACAAUUUGAAAUACUAAAAGAAAAUAUAGAUAUACUUAUAUGUACACCCGGAAGAUUUUCAUAUAUACUUGAUGAAACUAAAUUAAGUUUAGAAAAAGUUGAAAUGAUUAUUAUUGAUGAAGCAGAUAGAUUGUUAGAACUAAACUAUUAUAAUGAUAUGAAUAAUAUAUAUAAAUGCAUAGGAAAUAAAAAUUUGAAUAAACAAACAAUAUUAGUUAGCGCAACUUUACCAACAAAUGUUGAAAAUUAUUUUAAAUUAAAAUUAAAUAAUCCUGAAAUUGUUUUUGUUAAUUCAGAUAAUAAUAUAAGCUCACAAAUUAAUUUACAUUUUUUAUUUUGUAGAUCAUAUGAAAAAUAUGCUAUACUCAUUAAAUUAAUUUUAUUGUUUAAACAACAAAAAUUAGGAAAAACUAUUAUUUUUUUUUGCACAAAAUAUCAUAUAUUAUUUUUUAGUAAAAUUCUAAAUUUUCUAAAAAUUAAUCAUUCAAUAUUAUAUGGAAAUUCAGACACAUCCUUUAGAUUUAAUCAAAUUAAUAAUUUUACAAAACAUGAAGAUAUACAAUUUCUUUUAGUUACAGAUUUAGCAUCCAGAGGUAUUCAUAUUCCAUCUGUUCAAAAUGUUAUUAAUUAUAAUCUACCAUUUUCUCCAAAAAUAUUUUUACAUAGAAUCGGAAGAGCAUGCAGAACUGAAUGCCAAUCAGGAUAUGGCAUAUCUAUUGUUACAUAUCAAGACAUUUUAUAUGCAUAUGAAAUAUGCUUUUUUAUUGGAAAAAAAUUAAAAUUUAUAAAAAAGAGCACAACUAAUUCUAUUCCGCAUUUGGAGCAAAAUACAAACAUAUUAAAAGAAGAAAUAGAAACUUCUAAAAAUGAAAUAAUAAAUAAUGGAAAAGAAAAUAGUGUAUAUUUAGGAGCAAUACAAAAUAUAAGCGAAUAUUUAGAACUUAUAGAUCAUGUUAAAAAAAUAGAUAGCGAGUUAAUAUCAUUAAAUAAAAGUAUAGAUAUGUCGUAUAAAUUAUAUUAUUCUAUGCGCCCAAAAGUAUCGAAAUAUGCAAGUACUAAAUUCAUAAAAAAAAUUAAAAAAAUAGGAGGAAUAUAUAAGUUAUGUUUGCUUAACCAUCCAAAUCCUAUUUAUGAUAUACCAGAAAAUAUCGAAACAAAAAAAAACAAAAGAGAAAAUAAGAAUGAUGAAGUUAUGAACGAAAUAGAUAAUGUUUUUGAAAAUUUAACAAACUAUUUAAAAAAUAAUACAAAUUCUCAAAAAAAUGAACAAAAUAUAAUUGAUUCAAACAAUAUAAAUAUGGACAAUCCAAAUAAUACAUACGAGUCGGAUCAUAUUAAAAAUGAAUCUCAAAAUCGAUUAAAUAAUGAAUCUAACUUAUUAGAAGCAUACAAAGAUAUGAAUAUUAACCAACAAAUUUCUAAAAAUUUUCCACAAAAUUAUAUAGAGUCUUUUUUACAUGAAUUUCAAUACAAAAAUAAUACCAAAUUAAAAAAUAUAUCAGAAGAAAUUAAAGAAAAACUUGAUAAAUUAAAAGAAAAAAUUCAAAAAAAUAAAAACAUAAAAAAUAAUUACAUGUCAAACGAUAUUAACGGCCUAUUAGAAACAAUAACCCUUGGGCUCAAUAAUGAAGAAAUUCAAAAUUGGGAAAAUGAAGAAUUAGAAUAUAAUAACAAUUUUGAUAAAACAAAUAUAUUAGAUGAAGAAAAAAAUAAAAAUGAGAAAAAAAAAAAACUAAGCAAAAGAGCUCAAAAAAAAUUAGAAAAAAAAAAAAAUACAAACCAACUUGAUGGUAUACAAAAAAAAAAAGACAUAUCUUUAGAUGAAAUAUUAAAAAAAAUAAAUGAUAAAAAAAUGAAAAGAGAUUCUAAUAAUAAAAUAUUAGAAUUAAAUGCACCUGGUUUUGAUUUACUUCCAGAUGAAGAAGAAGAAUUAAAUAAACAACGUUUUGUUAAAAAACAAAUUUGGGAUAAAAAAAAAAACAAAUUUGUAUUGACAGAAGUUGAUAAAUUUCAAGAUAAAAAAAUAAAUAAAAAGAUGGAUGCAAAACCAACAUCUGAUAAAAAUACAACUAGUAUAUAUCAAAAAUGGGUAAAACGAACAAAAAAUCGAAUAAAAAAUGUUGGAGAAUUAGAGGAUAACUAUGAUAAUAACAAACGAAAUAAAAUUAAAGAAAUAUUUAUAGAAAAUCAAAAAACUUAUGAACAAGAUAUGAAACAAACAAAUCUCAAAGUACUAAAGGAAACGCAUCCUGAAAUAACUGAAGCCUUAUCUAAAAAUAUAAAAUUAACAAAAAAACAACAAAGAAUAUAUAAAAAAUAUAUUACUGGAAAAUAUAAUAAUCAAAAUACCAAUGAAUUAAAAACUUUAAAUCAAAUUCAACAAGAUAAAAAAAAACAAUUAAAAAAACGACUAAAAACAGAUCGAAACUUUAGGGCAAAAUAUUCUCACAUAAUGAAAAAAAAACAUCAACAAAAACUCGAGAAAAUUAAAAAUUUAAAAAGUGCCCGAUCGAGAUCCUUGGCUAUUGUUAGAAAAAAAAUCGAGAAGAAAUAA